AUGUCUCCGCGCUUUUGCGCCCAUCAGCCUGUCUACCUUGAUAGCGGCACAACAACGUCUGUCGCCUACAGGCUUCAAAGGGAAAACAGACGAGUGCAGCCUUACUGUAUCGUUCAACCUGUUUCUACCGAGGAUGUGUCACGCUCUGUCAAAGCCUUGGGUGCAGUCAGUUCCGCAGGCAACUGGGACAUCGCCGUACGCUCCGGUGGUCACUCUGACUUCGACAACAAUGCAGCUCAUCGUGGCGUCACGAUAGAUCUUACCUUUUUGAACUCGACAACUAUUCUUGGGGGCAUUGGGGGAAAUGCUACCGCAACGUGGACAGGGUCGAGCAAAUUGACCAAGCAUGUGGCUCAAAUACAACCUGCAGCAAGAUGGGGUGAUGUUAUGCGCACCUUGGAGCCGUUUAACCUCGGAGUGACCGGGGGGCGCUCCGGUCACGUUGGGGCAGGCGGACUGUUGGUAUCUGGCGGUGCGUCGUAUCAUACUCAGCUAUGGGGUCUGUCAUGUGACAACGUCAUCGGGUAUGAAGUCGUCCUCGGUGAUGGUUCCAUCGUUACCGCCAGCAACACCGAGAAUGCGGACUUGUUCAAAGCUCUCAAGGGAGGUGGCAAUAACCUCGGCAUAGUCACACGCUUCGACAUGCGAACGUUCACCGUUCCUUCAGGUGGUGCUUAUGGCGGUCUGCUCUUCACCUCAUGGUCUGACCUCGAUACCGUCAACAAUCAGUUCGUCAAGUAUGCCACUUCGAUUGAGCACGGCAUUCCUGAUCACGAAUUCAUCGUCUAUCGGUCUGAUGCCGGUAGCCUUUCCAUUAUGGCCAUGACAGUAGCCACAGACGGAAACGAGAAUUCAGCUACUUUCGCGGCUUUCGACCGACUUAACCUUACAAGGGAUUUGCGAGCACAGAGACCUCUCAGUCAAAUAGCCGCAAGCAUUGCCGAUACCGGCGGCUCCUACUACAUUCCUUUUACCCUCACACUGCAGCCGAGCAUAGACAUUUUGAAGAAGGCUUCCGGAAUCUUUACGCAACUGACGCAGAGACUUGACGAAGCCAGCGUCCCGGUAUCGGUCAACUUCGUGUUCCAGCCAUUACCCAAGGUCUUGCAUUCCGUUACACCUGGAUACAACGUUCUUGGAUUCGACGAAAACCUCCCCUCUGACUCGAUUCUUUUUGAGGCCAGAGGAACACUUGCUGCCGAAGACGCUUUGUUCCACGGCGUAGCCAGAGCCGAGAUUGCCAAGUCUGUGGAGGAGUUAAGAGCAUACUCGGCUUCGCUGGACGCCCACUCAACUUACCUAUACAUGAACUACGCAAACCCUGAGCAGGAUGUCCUUGGAUCCUAUGGAGAAGGGAACGCUGAGUUCCUGAAGAAGGUAGCUAUCAAAUACGAUCCCUCUUCAUUCUUUCAGCGACGGGUGUCUGGCGGUUGGAAAAUAAGCCGCGUUUUGGCGUGGGAGACAGACUAUUAA